AUGCAACAAGAAAAUGGCAACUGUAUAAUUGUUACUCCUGAAUAUAACAUGGAAAGUAUUUUAGAAAGACUAAAUAAAAUUGAAAAAACACUUUCUACCUUACCAAAAACAAUUGAGGAUAUUAUUUCCUCUUGUUUGAAUAAAUAUCUGAUUAUGCCUGAAGAUUAUGCUAGCUCUAUGAAAAGGUUAUCUCAAAUGAUUAAUGAAAAGGAAGUAUCUCAAAAAUCUUCAAACGAAAAGAAAGGCAUUAAAGAAGAAGAAGAUCAUCUAAAACAAAAUAAAGAAGAAAGUAAAAGAAAUUGUCCUUCUAUAAGUUCAACUCUUGACGUUGGAAUUAAAACAAAUAAAGGUUUGGAGGAGUUAUCAACUGAUAUAACUGAUUCAACAAAACAAGGAAAUAUUACUCUAAAUUCUGAAUUAGUAACUAAACCAAUAACUAUUUUUGAAACUCUCCCAGAAAAAUCUCAAACGUUUUUUGUUCAAGAAGACUUUGUUAUUGUUUAUAAUGAAAACAAAGGUCUUGUUCGAUUAAAUGAUGAAGAAGUUGUUUUUAAUAUUUGCGAUUGUAAUAUUAAUGAUUUAAAUGGGACUGAUGCUGGUUCAAUCCUUGUAGCUACUGAUGAAAAACUAUUUCUUAUUAAUAAAGGAGAAGUUGAUAAAUUUAUUGGUUCAUUUACUUCUGCAUGUGAAUUUAAUAAACAAAUUGUAACUGCAUCAAAGAGAGGAUUGAAUUAUAAAGUUAAUGGUAAAGAUGUUAUAAUUAAAAAUUUAACAUCAAAAAUUCAAUUAGAAGUACCAACUAAAAUCAGAUCAAGCAAAUCCUAUUUAUUUGUUCAAGACAUUGGAACAAACAUUAUUACUGUUUUUAACACUUCAUUUAAAGCAAUUAAAGCUAUUAACAGUAAAAAUGUUGUUGAUUUUUGUGUUAUUAAUGACAAUCAAUUUGCAAUACUCACUUCUAAAUCAAUUAAAAUCAUAAGAUUCGCUGAACAUACACUAACGGCUGAAUAUAAAAUACCACUUAAAAUCAACCAUCAACCAAUUUUAUUGAAAAGAAUUGAGUUUGUAAGAAACUUACAUGAGCAAUAUAUUGUUGGGCUUUCUCAAGAUAUGAUAACAACCUACAAAAUACCAGUUGAUUUAAUUUAA